GACAACGCGAUCGCAAACCACAUUACGCAACCUAUACCUUUUUUCAUUCUCCAAUUAUGGCGCCUGUACCGAGCGAGGAUGUAUCUCUAUUUCACACUGAGCGUAUCUCGCAAUACGUCUCUAUCCCGCCUUCAUGCCUUUCGGAUCCCUUCUCAGCAGUAUGUGCGACUGUAUUAUCACCAUUGCUCCUCACCUACUUCCCGCCCGCAAAUGGUGUAGUGCUCGCGUAUGAGGAUGUUGAACUGAGCAGCACGCCUCCCAGCGCAUCUGCUACUAAGUCGCAUUCGAAACGUGCGCAAAACGACUCGGAACGCAACAAUGAUUCUCACGCAGAGCCUUUGCUUUUAAAACACGUCGAUGAAUACGCUGCACCCUUCCUCUGGGCAACUGCCUCGUUCCUCGUAUGGCGUCCGGUUCAGAAUGCAUACCUACAAGCCCACAUCACCGACCAUGCGAAAACGCAUAUCACACUCGCACAUCUCAACACUUUCCCCGUCAGCAUCCUCAAGGAAAACAUGCCUGCAGACUGGUCAUGGCACCAGAACGAGUCAGGCAAAGUGAAGAAAGGCUGGGACGACAAAUUGUCAGAUGAAGGCGGUUGGUGGGCGAACGGCAAGGGGAAGAAGGUGGAGGGUGAACUGCGGGUCAGGAUACGCAACAUUGAUGGCAGAAUGGAUGGUAAAGGAAAGGGGAAGGGUUUCUUGCGUGUUGAUGGUUCUCUGCUUUCUCAAGAGGAAGAGAAGGCGGCAAAGGCAGCACAGAAGGCAGGAAGCGGGGGCAAGAAGACUACAACAGAUGCAGCAAGGACACAGCAGCAGAGAGAUCAGACAAAUGGAGAUGUUAUGGAGGUCGAUUCGGAGUCUGAUUGAGGCGCCCUGAGUAGUACCAGGCGGCGCAUUGGCGCGGUUGCAUGGCUUGUGGGCUACGAGACCACAAUUGCAUUAGGACGGAGUUAUGGCGUUGAAAACAGCAAGAUGCAUCUCUCAGCAUCUAUGAUACCACCAAAUACAAAUAUUCUAGAACUGGAA